GAUUUGGACUGUUUUUGACUGCAGUGUACCGCCCCACCCCUCCCCAAAGAUACGAUCGCCUACCGACUGGUAGAAUGUAGUGCAAGGGUGGAGGGAUACAGGUGUAACAGGUUGUAACAGGGCACGGUGAGGUCGCAGUGCUGUAUCUCGCCGCCCGUACGUGUAUACCGUAGCUCCGCUGACUACCGGAGUCCUCCGAGAGAUCGGCACCGUAUCGACUGUCAAAUCUCCUCGGGGUUAGGCACGCGGGAAACGCCGGGACAGGGAUUUGACCAUAUGGCUUCGUGGUGUCGGUAAAUUGCUCCAAGUUUUCUUACCAUGUCAGCCCAGAAGGCUGCACGGGAACUGAAGAAGUGUAAGAGUGCCACUUUCCACAUUGACGGAUGCAGUUAUGUGAUAGUGGCUAACCCAGAAGAACAGGCCGCCAGACAAGAUUCAACUUCAAGAGAAGAAGGAAAAGGAUCUCCCCGGCUAAAUGGAGUCAUUGCAAGGAGAGAGUCGUACAGCGUGUUCCGGUCCAGGAGAAGGUUCGGAAGCUCGUCGUCCAGGAGCCUCAGUGAAGACGGAGCCUGCCUCGGGAGAAAAGGCGAGCCGGCCCGAGAGACACCCAUGGACUCCCCGGAGGCAGCCGAGAAGGCGUCCAAAAGGUUAAGAGAUAUCCUUGCCCAUCUAGAGGAUGACGCCAUCCCUAAGAAAGACAGAAGAAGUGCCAUUGAAUACGCAAUAACAGUGCUGGACGCAGUCGCAGCCGAGGGCGAAUCGAAACUGGUUCCAGACGAGGAUGACCUCAGCGAAGUUGAACCGGAUGCAGUUCCCACGGAGGUCCGUGAUUGGUUGGCGUCGACCUUCACGCGACAGAUGCAGGUUUCCACGAGAGCAAGGACGGAGAAGCCUCGUUUUCGCUCCAUUGUCCAGGCCGUCCGAGCAUGUAACAGAGUAGACAGGCUAUGCAGAAAACUGUCUGGAUCGGGUGUCAACUACCCUCCUGGUGUGGUCAACUUGCUUAAGAACCUUGAUGACUGGUCCUUUGAUGUGUUUGCGGUGAACGUAGCCUCCAACAACCAGGCACUGAGAUACGUCGCCUACGAGGUCCUAAAAACCUACGACCUGCUAGUCAAGUUCAAGAUCAACUCUGGGGUGUUGUUUAAGUUCCUGGACGCGUUGGAGAGCGGAUAUGGGAAGCACAACAACCCCUACCACAACCAGCUUCACGCCGCUGACGUCACGCAGACAACACAUUACCUGCUGUACUCCACAGGACUCGUGCAAUGGUUGGCGGAUGUUGAGAUCCUGGCGGUCGUGCUGUCAGCGGCCAUACAUGAUGUGGAACACACGGGAGAGACCAACAGCUUCCAUGUCAUGUCAAAGUCUCCGAUGGCGCUGCUGUACAAUGACCGUGCGGUGUUGGAGAACCACCACAUCAGCACAGCCUUCAGACUCAUGGAGGACGACAGCCUCAAUAUCCUGGGCAACCUUUCAGUUGAUGACUUCCGAACUCUGCGGACACUCACGAUAGACAUGGUGCUGGCCACAGACAUGUCCUUCCACUUUCAGCAGGUCAAACAGAUCAAGAGCCUUUUGUCCUGUCCUGAAAGUAUUGACAAGUCCAAAGCACUGUCCCUGCUUCUCCACACGGCUGAUAUCGGCCACCCUGCCAAACCCUGGCACCUGCACGCCAGGUGGACAGAACAACUCAUGGAGGAGUUCUUCAGACAGGGAGACAAAGAAAAAGCCCUCGGCUUGCCAUUCUCACCACUCUGCGACAGAAACACAACGGUGAUAGCAGAUUCACAAAUAGGUUUUAUAGAUUUUAUUGUUGACCCGACGUUCCAAGUGAUGGGGGACAUGUUGGAGAAGAUUCUCACUCCGCUGGCCCCCAAGCAGCUUGCUGAGGAACAGCAGCAAAGGAGGGCGUCAGACAGUAGAAUAUACCAGGAGAAAGAAGGAAAACAGAAGAAGCCCAACAUGGUCCUGAAGUCUACCUACCAGCUGAAGAGACCCUGGCAGGAAAACCUCAAGAUUAACAAGAGGAAUUGGAAGGAGAAGGCAGUGAAAAAGGCAAAAGAUAUGAAGGAGAACAACAAUGAAAAUGGACAUGGAGAGCCGACAACACAGGAGGACAGCUCCAGGAGUGAUGCAGACGACACAACAGGGAACAGCGCGACUCAGUCUGAUCAGAACAAAGCUGACUCCUCGUCCAAGACCGCUACUAAAGGCAGCAGGGCGGGGAAGAGAAUACUCGCCACGGGGUCGGGCCACAGUAUCGUGAUAGACAGCCCGGCGGGCGACGCCAGAGCGGGGUUACUGACGAAGGAGAGCCGGGGAGAAUCCAGUGAGAGAGAGGAAGAGGUGGAGACCAGAACAUCGAAGGUAGACCAGGAAGGAGUCCAUCCUCAAAGACGAUCAGGCGUUUCAAUCAUCAGACAGAAUGCUACAAGCUCUCCAGAGGAAAGUCCCAAACCGCAGUCCAACUCCACCUCAGCAGUGUCGUUGCGAGAUGUCAAUGUCAAUGUUGAGAACAGCAAACCAGUCUCGUGAAUUUGAUCCCAGGAGUCGCGAAAGAAAGGUUUCGACUGGAACCACCAUCGUACGAACGCGCUACGACACAACGUUUCUGCAAAGCCACAUUUCCGCUGACAGAAUGUCAUUGGGUCUUAAAACUGCUUUUAUUUAAAUUUUUGUGCACUUUGGACAGGUACAGCAGUGAACAUUCUGACCACCUUCAACAAGCCAGCCCUGCGCAAUAUGAAACAAUUUCUGCAGCACACAGAUUCUGCGCGAUUCCAUCUUGGAGAUGAAGAGUAUCGACUUGUGUUUUGGGUGUGACGUACAUGUACCGUCUGUCCUUAUGACUCGGUAACGUUUGCCGUAUUUAGUCGUACGAUUGCGAUUUU